AAAGACCGAAACCUCCACCAAAGCAAACACGCUCCCUCUCGUUUUCCCUUUACCUGCCUCGGAUAAAAAACACAAACUCGCUUCCACUCUGUCGGACCCUAGAUCAAACAGAUCCUGUGAUCUCAUUCACCCUUCUCCGCGUGUUUGUUUGCAUCGCUACUAUCUCAAUUGAAGUGGUAUCGAUCUGAUGCGACAAGCAGGUUAAUCCGUGAAUCUCCCCAUCCCUAGCGUCCGAUCUCAAUUACAGAAGAUGGAGCCAGAUGUGAGUAUCGAGACCUCCUCCAUGAUCCGCGUUGCGGUUAUUCCGAUCGGGACAGUUCCACCGAAGAUCUUGCGGGACUACUACUCGAUGUUCAUGCGGCACCACACGAUCCCACUCUCCGCGAUCAGUUCGUUCUAUACAGAGCACCAGAAGUCUCCCUUUGCGAACCAGCCGUGGGAGACAGGAUCUCUCCGUUUCAAAUUCGUGCUUGGCGGAGCUCCCCCUAGUCCCUGGGAGGACUUUCAGUCCAACCGCAAGAUCCUUGCUGUUAUUGGCGUGUGUCACUGCCCGUCGUCGCCUGAUCUGGACUCGGUUGUCGAGCAAUUCAACUCUGCGUGUAAGGGAUACUCAUCCGCGCUGGUGGAGCGGUGCUUCGCUUUUUGUCCUGAUGACUCUCAGCUAGAGGAUGGGGGUAAAAAGGGGGGCAACCUGAUAUUGUUCCCUCCUGCUGAUCGUCAGACACAGGAGUUUCACUUGCAAACCAUGAUGCAAGACAUUGCUGCCUCAUUGCUGAUGGAAUUCGAAAAGUGGGUUCUUAAGGCAGAAUCUGCUGGUACCAUUCUCAAGACGCCUUUGGAUUCUCAAGCCAGUCUCAGCUCAGAGGAGGUGAUUAAAGCCAAAAAACGGAGACUCGCUCGUGCACAGAAGACAAUAGGAGAUUAUUGUCUAUUGGCAGGAUCGCCUGUUGAUGCGAAUGCCCAUUAUUCUACUGCUUUAGAACUUGCAAGAUUGACGGGAGAUUACUUCUGGUAUGCUGGGGCAUUGGAGGGUAGUAUUUGUGCCUUACUGAUGGAUCGAAUGGGCCAAAAGGAUUCGGUUUUAGAAGAAGAGGUCAGAUAUCGUUACAAUAGUGUGAUACUGCAUUACAGAAAGUCGUUUAUACAAGACACUGCUCAGAGAGUUUCACCAUUGAGCUUUGAACUUGAAGCUACUUUGAAAUUGGCAAGAUUUCUGUGCAGAAGAGAGCUGGCUAAGGAGGUGGUAGAGUUGCUGACCAAUGCUGCAGAUUGCUCAAAAUCUCUGAUUGAUGCUAGUGAUAGACUCAUAUUAUAUGUUGAGAUAGCUCGUUUAUAUGGCAGUCUCGGUUACCAGCGCAAAGCUGCCUUCUUCUCUAGGCAGGUGGCUCAGUUGUAUCUGCAACAGGAAAAUAGAUUGGCUGCUAUCAGUGCCAUGCAAGUCCUGGCAAUGACUACCAAGGCAUAUCGUGUUCAGAGCAGAGCGUCCAUCUCCAGACAAUCUUCAUCUAAUGACAUAGGAUCAAGUCAAGUUGAUGGCGGGAAAAUGCAUCACCAAUCAGUAGUGUCACUUUUUGAAUCACAGUGGAGCACCCUGCAGAUGGUUGUAUUGAGGGAGAUUCUGUUAUCUGCUGUUCGUGCGGGAGAUCCUCUUGCUGCAUGGAGUGCUGCUGCGAGGCUGCUUAGGUCAUAUUACCCUCUAAUUACACCUGCUGGGCAAAAUGGUCUUGCAAGUGCACUUACUAACUCCGCUGAGAGGUUGCCUUCUGGAACUCGUUGUUCUGAUCCUGCCUUACCUUUCAUAAGAUUAUACUCUUUUCCUCUCCAUCCCUCACAAAUGGACAUUGUAAAACGCAAUCCAGCAAGAGAAGAUUGGUGGAGCGGGUCCGCUCCUUCAGGGCCUUUUAUUUAUACACCAUUCAGUAAAGGAGAUACAAGUAAUAACACUAAGCAGGAACUCGUUUGGAUUGUUGGAGAACCGGUCCGGGUUCUAGUGGAGUUGGCGAACCCUUGUGGAUUUGAUUUAAGAGUUGAUAGUAUAUAUCUUUCGGUUCUUUCAGGAAAUUUUGAUGCUUUUCCAAUUGGCGUAGAUCUUCCGCCUAAUUCAUCAAAGGUUAUUACCUUAUCUGGAAUCCCAACUUCAGUUGGGCCUGUAGCAAUUCCAGGCUGCAUUGUUCAUUGUUUUGGUGUAAUUACCGAACACCUCUUCAAAGAUGUUGAUAAUUUGCUCCUUGGGGCAGCACAAGGACUUGUUGUUUCUGACCCUUUCCGAUGCUGUGGAUCUGCUAAGUUAAGGAACGUGUCUGUUCCAAACAUUUCUGUGGUGCCACCUCUACCGUUACUAGUCUCACAUGUUGUAGGUGGUGAUGGUUCCAUAGUCUUAUACGAGGGUGAAAUUCGUGAUGUAUGGAUAAGUCUGUCUAAUGCUGGCACAGUUCUAGUUGAGCAGGCACAUAUCUCAAUAUCGGGAAAAAAUCAGGAUUCAGUUGUGUUGGUAUCUUAUGAAACCUUGAAAGCUGCACUUCCAUUGAAGCCUGGUAAAGAAGUGAUUGUUCCUGUGACUUUGAAAGCCUGGCAGCUUGGCACAGUGGAUUCUGACAACACUACUGACAAGAGUGCCGUUGGAAGUAUGGGAAGACAUUCGAAAGAUGGUAGCAGCCCCACGAUAUUAAUACAUUAUGCAGGACCAUUGACAGCUUCUGGAGACCCUCCAGCAAAAGAAUCUGUCGUAUCUCCUGGUAGACGUCUGGUUGUUCCCCUGCAAAUAUGUGUUAUGCAGGGUUUAUCUUUUGUCAAAGCUCGUUUGAUUUCGAUGGAAAUUCCUGCACAUGUUGGUGAAAGUUUUCCUAAUCUAAUUUGUGUGGAGAACAACUCUAGUUUAGUGACUAAUGUUUCUAAACAUAAGAUUGAUGGAUUGAUGAAGAUCGAUCCUUUCAGAGGCAGUUGGGGACUGCGUUUUCUCGAGCUGGAGUUGUCUAAUCCAACUGAUGUUGUUUUUGAAACUAGUGUAUCUGUUCAGUUGGAAAAUUCUAGCAAUGAGGAUAACCUUUCUCUUGAUCAAGAUGCCACUGAAUAUGUUUAUCCUAAAACCCGAAUUGAUAGAGAUUACUCUUCAAGAGUAUUAAUCCCAUUGGAGCAUUUCAAAUUACCUGUUCUUGAUGGAUCAUUUUUCAUGAAGGAAUUUCACUCGAAUGGGACCGCUGGUGGAAGAAAUGCAAGUUUCUCAGACAAGAAUGCCAAGGCAGAACUGAAUGCUUCCAUCAAGAGCCUGAUUUCCAAGAUUAAGGUCAGGUGGGAAUCUGGACGAAAUAGCGCUGGAGAAUUAAAUAUUAAGGAUGCAGUACAGGCGGCUCUCCAGACGUCAGUCAUGGAUGUUCUUCUACCAGAUCCAUUGACAUUUGGCUUCAGGCUGGUUAGACAUGAUCGUGAACAUGCUGAAAAGCUUGAUGUUCCAAAAGAGUCCAGUAUGUGCAUUGAUAAAGGUUCUGUGCUGGCACAUGACAUGACUCCUAUGGAAGUUCUUGUUCGAAACAACACCAAGGAAAUGAUAAAGAUAAGUCUUAGUAUUACAUGCAGGGAUGUAGCUGGAGAGAAUUGUGUUGAGGGUGUGAAGGCAACUGUCCUAUGGUCUGGUGUAUUGAAUGGGAUUACCAUGGAGGUUCCUGCACUCCAGGAAUCCAGGCAUUCUUUCUCCUUGUAUUUUCUUGUCCCUGGUGAGUACACCAUAGUAGCUGCUGCAGUGAUUGAUGAUGCAAAUGACAUCCUCAGAGCUCGUGCAAGAACUGAUUCCCCUGAUGAGCCAAUCUUUUGUCGGGGGCCUCCAUUCCAUGUCCGUGUUAAUGGAACUCUGUGAGUUUUCUUGCAAUCUAUACCUCUCAUUUUAGCUUUACUUCUUCAUAUCAGACUUAGAAGUGGUCAAACCAAAAAUGAUGCAUCAUCUUCAAUUCUUCAUCUUAGUUGGCACUUCUUGUCAUUUCUUCAUCUGUUCCUUGCCAUCAAUUAAUCAUUUUAUUCUUCUCAUUAGUUGUAUAUUGGCAUUUUUAAUCGUGUGCUAUUAUCAUUUUCAUGCGUUUGUAAAAUCCAUCUGUUUACUGUUGUGAGAUUAAAUCUUGUUUCUCCUCCAUGAGUUAUGUUAUUCUUAGAUUUUGUA